CACGGCCCGGCACGGCCCCGCGCACCCGCUCCGCCCUCGGCGGGUGGCCCCGGACGGGGCGGUGCCCGGAGCCGCGCGGCGAGGCCGGGGACGGAGCCGGAGAGGGGAGCGGGACGGGGCAGCGGCGGAGAGAGGUUAUCAGGAGCGUUUAACCAGGCUCACCUCCCAACUUGCCGUUUGCACUGGAGAGGCGUAUUGACAUGAAAAGUAAGGAAUUGUAUUAGCAAACACUGAUCGGCACUGGGGCAGGCAGGCGUUGCACAAGCACAGGCAUCUGCUGAGAUUGUGGCAUGUUAUUUGGAGCUUUCAGCAAGACCCUUGUGCUACCGUGAGGCUGGGAAGGCUGUCACUACUGCAGGAGGUAAAAUAAGAACAUGGCAUGAUGUCCUUUGGAAAAGGAGCAAUGAAAACGAGCCAGCCUGGACACUCUGCUCCGGGUCUGGGUCUGGACAGUUGCCCUUUGCCACUGGAGCGUGUGUUAAGCCCAGCCUGCCUGGUUGUGCCCAAAGAAUAUCUCCAAAAAAAAUGGCGAUGGCAGCCAUCAGGAAGAAGCUGGUGAUUGUGGGAGAUGGUGCCUGCGGAAAGACGUGUCUGCUGAUCGUAUUCAGCAAAGACCAGUUCCCUGAGGUCUACGUGCCCACCGUGUUUGAGAACUACAUUGCUGACAUAGAGGUGGAUGGGAAGCAGGUUGAGCUGGCCCUGUGGGACACGGCAGGACAGGAGGACUAUGACAGGCUGCGGCCCCUCUCGUACCCGGACACAGACGUAAUCCUCAUGUGCUUUUCCAUUGACAGCCCGGAUAGCCUCGAGAACAUCCCUGAGAAGUGGACGCCGGAGGUGAAGCACUUCUGCCCCAAUGUGCCCAUCAUCCUGGUGGGGAACAAGAAGGACCUGCGGAACGACGAGCACACGCGGCGGGAGCUGGCCAAGAUGAAGCAGGAGCCGGUGAAGCCAGAGGAGGGGAGGGACAUGGCCAACAGGAUCAAUGCCUUUGGCUACCUUGAGUGCUCGGCCAAGACGAAGGAGGGGGUGCGGGAGGUGUUCGAGAUGGCCACCCGUGCUGGCCUGCAGGUCCGCAAGAACAAGAAGCGCAGAGGCUGCCCGCUGCUGUGAGCGGCCCCGCUGGCACCGGCACCCGCUGCCCUGCCCGGGGAGGGACAGACAGCCCAGGCAGCACCUCGUGCUGCCACUACCUGUCCUGAACCCUUUGCACCAGAGCUGCCACCCACGCUCACAGGGUGUCCCUGCGACAUUCCAGGGCCAUGAGGGGCCAGUGCCUUCAGUACCUGCUGCUCUCCGUGGGCCGGGUGUUCGUGUUGCUCCCUGCGUCGCCCUGUUUUGUACUGAGCUCCCUGGUUUUGCCUUUCCCAUGGGCAUUGCUGCGGUGUUCACUCUCUUUCCCCAGCUCUGGGCAGGUGCCACAGAAGCAGGAGGUGCCACUCACAGCUCACGUGUAGGGUGUGCCAGGCCCUUGGUGUGUUUUGCCUGCUCUCCUUGGCCGUGCAGGCAGCACACAGCAGUGUUACAGACUUGCCCGGGCAGUUCUGGCCCUGUCUGUGAGCAGAGCUGGGCUCAGCUGCUGCCAGCAGCUCUCCUCCCGGGACGUGAGCCCAGCUCUGCUGGUAUCGCCGCCUUCGAGUCUGCCUCGGUCAUGGACUUGGCAGCAGUAAACCCAACUGCAUAAUUGGGAGAAUAAAUGCGAACUGGUAUUUUAGUAAUUGUAA